GAACAUGGACUUCAAUCGCAGUAUCCUCGGAGCGGCCACCAUGCUGGUGCCCAAAGCCACCGCGUCACCAUCGUCCAGCACCAUGCCCACUUGGGCGCACAACUCCUGGGUCUGUCUCUUCACGGCAAUGCUGGCAGUCGCUAUAGGAGGGAACGUUAUUGUUAUUUGGAUUGUUACUGCACAUCGACGUAUGAGGACGGUGACCAACUACUUCCUCGUGAAUCUCUCCUUUGCUGACCUGAUGAUGGCAUCCCUGAACUGUCUCUUCAACUUCAUCUAUAUGUUGCACAGUGACUGGGUGUUUGGCGUCCGGUAUUGUCAACUGAGCAACUUUAUAGCGAAUGUGACGGUAGCAGCGAGCGUGUUUACGCUCACUGGGAUAUCUUUUGACAGGUACCAAGCCAUCGUAAGACCAAUGAGGCCGAGGAUGUCGAAGACCUGUUCCCUGGUGAUGAUCGCCUGUAUCUGGAUCAGUGGUAUGCUGCUGGCGAUACCCUGCUUACUGUACUCAACCACGAAGGAAUAUAGGUCGAAAGGUAUCCUCAAAACUGCAUGCUUGCUCUCGUGGCCCGACGGACUGCCAGACGUCUCGUACAUGGAUUUUGUGUACCAGGUGUUAUUCUUUGUGGUGACAUAUGCGAUCCCAAUGCUGGGGAUGACGUUUUUCUACUCAGCGAUGGGUAAGGUGCUGUGGGGUUCCGGCUCUAUAGGCGAGCUGACGCAGCGACAAGUCGACUCGAUACGGUCGAAAAGGAAGGUUGUGAAAAUGUUCAUCCUAGUGAUAGUAAUCUUCGGUAUCUGCUGGCUGCCUUACCACUCAUACUUCAUAUACACACACUUCAACCCGUCAAUAUUGUACAUGAAGUAUGUGCAGCAUAUGUACCUCGGCUUCUAUUGGUUAGCCAUGGCGAAUGCGAUGGUUAACCCCAUCAUUUACUACUGGAUGAAUGCCAAGUUCAGGACGUACUUCAGGACGGCGAUCCUGUGCCGCUGGCGAGACAUCCUGCGCAGACGCAAGCGGCCUCUCCCCGAAUCACCGCCGGACUGUGUCUCGCAGUCCGGCAGUCGAUCCCGAUCAGGUUUUUACUCGUUAACGUAUCGAGGAACUCAGAAAUUCAAGAGGAAGUGCAGUAAGCGAAUGGCAGCGCUCGUCGUAUCGGACCUACAACGCCCCCCAAUUGCAGAGACCGCAUUUGCUUGCUAGCUGCCCUAAGUGCCCUCAUGGGAUCUUUUAUGAUGCCUACAUUCACGGAAGGAAAGUGUAAAUAUUUGUCGGUAACAAUGACUUUUGAAGUGACUUGUGUCGUCGACUGUACUUUAGUGUAUAUUGUAAAUAAUUUUUAAUUAAUGUGCCGUGUAUAUUACUAUAUAAUAAUGUAUUGAAAAUACCUCGUGGUAUGUAAAAAUUCGGGACUUUACCUAAACAAGUACGUGUAGUAAAACUCACAGCAGAUUUAGUGUGAUCUAAGUUUAUGAAUGAUUUGAAAACAGUGUAAAAUU